GCGGCCGAAUCGGGCGCCCUCCCCCGGCGCUGAGUCCCCGCGCCCCGGAGGGAUGGGGCGGGCGGCCCCGGCCGCCUAAGAUGCCGGCCAUGCGGGGGCUCCUGGCGCCGCAGAACACCUUCCUGGACACCAUCGCCACGCGCUUCGACGGCACGCAUAGUAACUUUGUGCUGGGCAACGCCCAGGUGGCAGGGCUCUUCCCUGUGGUCUACUGCUCUGAUGGCUUCUGUGACCUCACGGGCUUCUCCCGGGCUGAGGUCAUGCAGCGGGGCUGUGCCUGCUCCUUCCUCUAUGGGCCAGACACCAGUGAGCUCGUCCGACAACAGAUCCGCAAGGCCCUGGACGAGCACAAGGAGUUCAAGGCUGAACUGAUUCUGUACCGGAAGAGCGGGCUCCCGUUCUGGUGUCUCCUGGAUGUGAUACCCAUAAAGAAUGAGAAAGGGGAGGUGGCCCUCUUCCUGGUCUCUCACAAGGACAUCAGUGACACCAAGACUCGAGGGGGUCCCGACAACUGGAAGGAGAGAGGUGGUGGCCGGCGCCGAUAUGGCCGGGCAGGAUCCAAAGGCUUUAAUGCCAACCGGCGGCGGAGCCGGGCUGUGCUCUACCACCUGUCCGGGCACUUGCAGAAGCAGCCCAAGGGCAAGCACAAACUCAAUAAGGGGGUGUUUGGAGAGAAGCCAAAUUUGCCUGAGUAUAAAGUUGCUGCUAUCCGGAAGUCACCCUUCAUCCUGCUGCACUGUGGGGCACUGAGAGCCACCUGGGAUGGCUUCAUCCUGCUCGCCACACUCUACGUGGCUGUCACUGUGCCCUACAGUGUGUGUGUGAGCACAGCCCGGGAGCCCAGCGCUGCCCGUGGCCCCCCCAGCGUCUGUGACCUGGCCGUGGAGGUCCUCUUCAUCCUCGAUAUUGUCCUGAAUUUCCGCACCACAUUCGUGUCCAAAUCGGGCCAGGUGGUGUUUGCCCCAAAGUCCAUUUGCCUCCACUAUGUCACCACCUGGUUCCUGCUGGAUGUCAUUGCAGCGCUGCCCUUUGACCUGCUACAUGCCUUCAAGGUCAACGUGUACUUCGGGGCCCACCUGCUGAAAACUGUGCGGCUCCUGCGUCUGCUACGCCUGCUGCCGCGGCUGGACCGGUACUCACAGUACAGCGCUGUGGUGCUGACCCUGCUCAUGGCUGUGUUUGCCCUGCUUGCCCACUGGGUGGCCUGCAUCUGGUUCUACAUUGGCCAGCGGGAGAUCGAGAGCAGCGAAUCGGAGUUGCCUGAGAUUGGGUGGCUGCAGGAGCUGGCCCGCCGACUGGAGACGCCCUACUACCUGGUGAGCCGGAGCCCAGCUGAAGGGAACAGCUCUGGCCAGAGUGACAACUGCAGCAGCAGCGGCGAGGCCAACAAAACAGGGCUAGAGCUCCUGGGUGGCCCGUCACUGCGCAGUGCCUACAUCACCUCCCUCUACUUUGCACUCAGCAGCCUCACCAGUGUGGGCUUUGGCAAUGUGUCUGCCAACACGGACACUGAGAAGAUCUUUUCCAUCUGCACCAUGCUCAUUGGUGCCCUGAUGCAUGCGGUGGUGUUUGGGAAUGUGACAGCCAUCAUCCAGCGCAUGUACGCCCGCCGCUUCCUGUAUCACAGCCGUACUCGAGACCUUCGUGACUACAUCCGCAUCCAUCGCAUCCCCAAGCCCCUGAAGCAGCGCAUGCUCGAGUACUUCCAGGCCACCUGGGCAGUGAACAACGGCAUCGACACCACUGAGCUGCUUCAGAGCCUCCCAGAUGAGCUUCGUGCAGACAUAGCCAUGCACCUGCACAAGGAGGUCCUGCAGCUCCCACUGUUUGAGGCAGCAAGCCGUGGCUGCCUGCGAGCGCUGUCCCUAGCUCUGCGGCCGGCCUUCUGCACGCCCGGCGAGUACCUCAUCCACCAAGGCGAUGCUCUCCAGGCCCUCUACUUUGUCUGCUCUGGCUCCAUGGAAGUACUCAAGGGUGGCACUGUGCUCGCCAUCCUGGGGAAGGGUGAUCUGAUUGGCUGCGAGCUUCCCCGACGGGAGCAGGUGGUAAAGGCCAAUGCCGAUGUGAAAGGGCUGACUUACUGCGUCCUACAGUGUCUGCAGCUGGCCGGCCUGCAUGAGAGCCUUGCACUGUACCCCGAAUUUGCCCCUCGCUUCAGCCGUGGCCUGCGAGGGGAGCUCAGUUACAAUCUGGGUGCUGGGGGUUGCCCUGCGGAGGUAGACACCAGCUCCCUGAGUGGUGACAACACUCUCAUGUCCACACUGGAGGAAAAGGAGACGGAUGGGGAGCAGGGCACCACAGCCUCACCAGCCCCAGCAGAUGAGCCCUCCAGCCCCCUCCUGUCCCCUGGCUGCACCUCUUCAUCUUCAGCUGCCAAGCUACUAUCCCCACGUCGAACUGCGCCCCGGUCACGUCUAGGUAGCCGAGGGCGUCCAACCAGGGCAGGGGCUUUGAAGCCUGAGGCUGGCUCUUCUGCUCACCCACGGACACUAGAGGAGCUGCGGCUGCCCCCCAUGUCAUGGAAUGCGCCCCUGGAUCUGAGCCCCAGGGUCGUAGAUGGCAUUGAGGAUGGCUGUGGCUCUGACCAGCCCAAGUUCUCUUUCCGGGUAGGCCAGUCUGGCCCAGAAUGUAGCAGCAGUCCUUCCCCUGGACCAGCCUCAGCUGAUAACCUUAUCCUGUCCACAGAGAGUGGCCUACUCACCGUCCCCCUUGGGCCCAGCGAGGCAAGGAACACAGACACACUGGACAAGCUUCGGCAGGCGGUGAUGGAGCUGUCUGAGCAGGUGCUGCAGAUGCGGGAGGGACUGCAGUCUCUGCGCCAGGCUGUGCACCUCGUCCUGGCACCCCAAGGAGAGGGCCUAUACCCUCGAGCAUCAGGAGAGGGGCCCUGCCGUACCAGCACCUCAGGGCUCCUACAGCCUCUGCGUGUGGACACUGAGGCGUCCUCCUACUGCCUACAGCCCCCAGCCGGCUCGGCCAUAAGUGGGACCUGGCCCCACCCUCGCCCAGGGCCCCCUCCACUCAUGGCACCCUGGCCCUGGGGGCCCCCAGCAUCUCAGAGUUCCCCCUGGCCCCAAGCAACAGCUUUAUGGACCUCCACCUCAGACUCAGAGCCCCCUGGCUCAGGAGAACUCUGCUCUGAGCCCAGCACCCCAGCCUCACCUCCUCCUGAGGAAGGGGCUAGGCCUGGGCCCCUGGAGACUGUGAGCCAGGCUGAGGCUACCAGCACUGGAGAGCCCCCACCAGGGUCAGGGGGCCAGGCCUUGCCCUGGGACCCCCAUAGCCUAGAGAUGGUGCUUAUUGGCUGCCACGGCCCUGGGACAGUCCAGUGGACCCAGGAAGAAGGCACAGGGGUCUGACUGCCAGCCCGAGCUCCAUGCUGCAGACACGCUGUCCUCUGCUCCUCUGGCCACCCUCAGGACUCCAUGCUGCCCACUGGCUCAGGACAGGGAGCCUGAGAACAAAGGCAGGGUUGGCUCAACUCUCACAGGUGGCCUGGAGCUUCAGACAGGCCCCAGGGCUAGGAAUCUACAGGUCCCUACUCCUGGGGCCCCUCCUCAGCGAGGCUGGGGUCAGAGGCCUGAGGACAAGGAGGGGUUCUGCCAUCCUUUGCAUGUGCCUGUCUCUACCUUUCCUUAC